AGAUGAUCCCGCCGGGCGAGUGCAUGUACGCAGGGAGGAAGAGAAGGAAGCCCGUCCAGAAACAGAAGCCUUCUGUGGGGGCUGAGAAGUCAAACCCUUCCAAGCGGCACCGCGACCGCCUCAACGCCGAGCUGGACCACCUGGCCAGCCUGCUGCCCUUUCCACCAGAUGUUGUCUCCAAGCUGGACAAGCUCUCGGUCCUGCGUCUCAGCGUCAGUUACCUCAGGGUGAAGAGCUUCUUCCAAGCCGUGCAGGAGAAGUGCCCGCGCCAGCCAGUGGCCGGUGCCCCCUCGCCAGAAGAGAGUGGUCCUUGUGGAGGGUCCGCAGUGCUGGAGGGAAGGCUCCUGCUGGAGUCUCUGGACGGCUUUGCUCUGGUGGUGAGUGCGGAAGGGGUGAUAUUUUAUGCAUCAGCAACGAUCGCGGACUACCUGGGCUUCCACCAGACAGACGUGAUGCACCAGAACAUUUAUGACUACAUCCACGUGGACGACCGCCAGGACUUCUGCCGGCAGCUCCACUGGGCCAUGGACCCUCCCCAGGUGGUGUGUGGGCAGCCCCUGCGUUCGGAGACAGGAGAGGAUAUCAUGCUGGGGAGGCUGCUCCGGGCCCAGGAGGGGGGCGCCGGCCCCACCGAGUACUCGGCCUUCCUGACGCGCUGCUUCGUCUGCCGCGUGCGCUGCCUGCUGGACAGCACCUCGGGGUUCCUGACGAUGCAGUUUCAAGGAAAACUGAAAUUCCUGUUUGGCCAGAAGAGGAAGGCGCCGUCGGGAACAGCCCAGUCCCCUCGGCUCUCGCUGUUCUGCGUCGUGGUGCCCGUGCUCCUCCCUUCUGUGGCAGAGAUGAAAAUGAAGGGCGCGUUUCUGCGGGCGAAGCACAGGGCAGACGGCUCCACCGCAAUGGAUGCGAAAGCAAAAGCCACCAGGAGUCUGUGUGUAUCAGAAUUGCACGGGAAACCCAAUUACUUAGCAGGAAGAAACAGUGGAGAAAACGGCAUUUCUGUGUUCAGGGCACAGAUGGACACCUGCCGCUGGGGCCGGGUUCCCGCCAGGGCCACGUGCCUGUGCCUGCGGGGUGGCCCCGACCUUGUCCUGUACCCCGAGGGGGCCGCCGGGGACUGGGGAGGUGAGGAGCAUGGGAGGGUGCCCAGCGGCGGCUCCGGGGUCAGGAGGAGGAGGGAAGCACACGCUUACGACUGCUGCUUCGAGACGCCAGGACCCAUGAGGCAACUGAGCUGGACGGCAGGCCAACACGGUCAGAACGGCCCCAAGCCAAAGCUGGAGCCCAGCAGGAGUGACCCGUUCCCUGUGCAUGCCACCUCCCGGGGCUCCUGCAUGCCCUACCCCAGCGCCCCGGGCACCAUCCCUGCCUUCCGGAAUUCCCCUGGUGCUCACCAGGCCCCCAGUGCCUAUGCCAGCCGGCCGAGCAGAGCCUUGCAGGAUGGCGAGCAGGGCCUGGUCCACUCUCCUGCCAGCGGCCCCUUCCCCCUGGAGAGCCUGGAGAACCAGGUCCCUCCGCCGGGAGUGCAGUGCCUCGCAGUGGGGGGCUAUGCCGCCCAGGACAUCAAGUUGCCAGGUGUGCCCAUGUCCCCGGAGGCCCCGUGCAACCCCAUGCUGUCACUUAACGUGCCCAUCAAGAUGGAAAGUGACUCUGGUUCCGAGGAUGCAGCAGAUGGCUACUCUGUGUCGCCAAGCCAGGUGUGGCUGGGAGCCAGCGACGUGGCUAAGAGACAGCUGGUCACGUUCCCUACCAGGAUGCACCUGAAAACAGAGCCAGACUCCAAGCACCACCUGUACGCCCCGCACCUGGGGCCUGGCAUGCUGGGGGCUCCCCCCAGGCCUGGCAGGGAGCUGGCCCCCUUCCACCCCGCACACUUUGUCUGCCUGGAGCGUGGGCACGGCCCUCCUGAGCCAGAGCCUCCCCCCUGCCUCUGUGUGCGGGGCCACCGGCCCCCCACUCUGGGCUGUGACUGCAGAGCUCCAGGGACCACACCCAUGAUCAAACUUGAGCCCUUGGACUCACCCCCAUGGGCCGCUCACAGCCAGGAUGGGGCGCCCAGGAUGCUCCCCAAAAGUGCCUUGGCAACACUGGUGCCGCCCAAAGCCUCCGAGUGCUCUUUUCUGCCAUGAGCCGGGCGUUUGUUCCGUGGCAUCUGCCCCGCCCCGAUGGACUGUCCGCUGGGAUGGCAGGUGCAGGCCGGAGCCUCUCUUCAGGGGCGCUCUGCAGGUGGCACAGGUUCAGUCCUCUGUUAUCUGGUGGCAGAUGCAAGAGUGUGUUCUGUGUUUUGUAAAAUAUCACCAAAGUUCUUAAAUGCAAAGUGGUCUUAAGUCUGUUCAAGUUUGACAGUAUUUCUCUUCGAGGGGCUGAGUUUUUCAGGAAGCGGACACAGUGAGGCAUGUGGGCCAGGUGGCGCUUAAUCCAGGCUCGGGAGGCGGCAGCAGGCUCCGGGCUGACUGGCAGUCCCCGGGGCAUGAAAGCUGUGACAUUCCCUGCGGCCCCACACCUGCCUCCAGCUCCCCGUCUGUUCAGAGUGCAGCCGCGCCCUGGGGAUUCCGCGGCCAGACAGGCCCUUGGGGCUGGAACUCGCUCAGAGGCAGGUGACCAUGCCCCAUUCCCGGCAGGAAUCUAGGGAGUUCCAGGCAGAAGGCACUGGAAGCAUCAGGUCCUAUGGCAUGUGCUCUGCGACCCACAUGGAGUUGGAGGCCAAACUGGAGUGGUGAUUCAUGGGGUGAUGUCCAGUUCCUUCUAGAAGUCUCUCUGGGGCUUUGAAUAGGCCUCUGAAGAUGGUUUACGCUCACCUGUCUCUUGGUGCAGCAUGUGACCUAGAGUUCCCGGAGUCUGGGUUUGGAGGUAGAGAAAAGUUGAAAACAUGGAGAAAAGAAACAGGAGAGUGCAUUGUCCUGCUGUUUUGCUGACUGUCCACAGUUUUUCAAAUGAGGAUUCCAAUCACCAUCCCAGGAAGAGUUGUUAGAGAAAAGCCAGGCAGGUGACUUCUUUAAUUGGAAGGGUAAUACGUUCUGAUUGCAGGAAAUUUGGAUACAAAGCAUAAAUCAAAACGUGAAGGUGACCCUCAAUCCCCAUCCAGAGAUGGCUUGUAGCCAAUGGCAAAGUUCCAGGGGAACCUAGGGCAUCCCAUCGGGGUCUGAAAGCCAGCAGGCAGGAGGAGGCCACAGCAGGGAGGCCCUGGAUCUGGGGUGUGCCCGUGGCCCUGCCUGUACAGGACAAGGACACCUACCUUUAAAGUCACUGCCGCUGGGCGUCUCAGGAGGUGGCUGGAGCCCCCGGUGAGGACUUGCUGUUCCAUCUGGAAAUUCUGCUCUCAGUGCGGGGGUUUCUGUCGCUGGUGGCUUUGGGAUGCUCGUGUUCAGUUCCUGGGUUAAUGCUGAAACUGUUUGGUAAAUGCCACCCUGGGGACCAGCCACUCUGAGGACCACCUACUGCCCCUUCUCGCCCCACGUUGCCCCAGUAUCCCAUCUACCCAGUUCUCACACUGAGCAUAGCACACCUCUGCUCUCUGGGUAGCUGUGGAUUUAAUCCCAAAGACAAGCAGUGGAAUUUCAGAAUUUUCCUGCUGCUUUCUAUUCGAGCUGAGUGCCCACUUCUCAUCACAGGAAGCCCCCCCACCCCCACCCCUGUCUCUCAGAAGUAGCCUUCACUCUUUGUGCUCCCGCCUGGGGGGGCACUCCCUCAGCUCCUCUCACUUCAUUCAGCGGAGGGGAAGCAGGCCACUGCCUUCCCCAUCCCAGAGUACCGCAGACAGGUGAGUGUGUAACUGGGGGAACGGGACUGAAGAGAUGGAAUUCACAGACAUCGUGGCAUUUUUUGCACAUUGUAGCCAGAUCCCAGCGAAACCAAAGGAGAGCUGUAGGCAUGAACCUCACGUGAGGAGAAGCCUUUCCAAACUCACUCAGCGGUCCCUGCCUGCGAGGGGCCUGGGCUGCCCCCUCCUGCCAGCAUCAGGCCCGUGCUGCCCCAUCUCCUCCCUAACGUUCAGAUGAACACGUCUGCCCACAUUCUCUUGGAACCCCUGCAUCUAAUGGGCCGCCGCUGGGAUGACAGGUCAUGCUUGUUGAUGUAGAAUUCAGCAUCUGGACCUCAACUCUGAAGUUUUCUGUCCGAGACCUCCGUGGUGCUUGGACCCAGGGCCCUUCCUCUGCUGAGUCAGCAGCAGCAAAACUUCCCUGAGUCAGCACUUCUGUUAUUUUACAUGCUUACGUGGGAAAAUUUGUGUGGGGAAGACGAUGAUGGGG